CUUACAGUAUUGACCUUGGCCGCGUAUUAAUUUCAGAUUUUUACUAUAACAUACGUGAGUAACGACCACGCGGUAACAUUCAAUGGAUGACAGCUCAAGUAAAAUGGUCGCUUUAAGCGAACAAACUUGUGUGGAAAUAGAUGAAAAAAGGAUUCCUAUCGACAUAAUUUUAGGAGGGAAUGAGGUGCCCUGUAAAUUGGUUCCUGAUGAGAAAGGACUGGCUGCCACAUGGGUCGCACCCGGUGAGCUGCCCCCAGAAUAUUGUGAAUGUGACCCCCUCGAGUGUGACAGUGAGCCCGCUAGGCCACCAGUGUUCCAAUUUGGCAGCUUUUCUAGCACGGGCUCUUUCUGGGAUGAGGAUGAUGACGUCACAGAAGUUGCUGAAACUGGCCCAAUCUGGUCUGAGUUGGAUCUAUGUGGGAGGAUCAGAUAUGUUCUCCUCCGCUGUGUUGGAAAGUUUGUGGCCCUACUGUUGCUACUGUACAUAUUUAUCUGCUCACUGGACUUCCUCAGUUCCGCAUUCAGAAUUCUUGGUGGAAAAACAGCAGGUGGAGUAUUUAACAACAGUGAGAUCCUGGGUAACCCAAUCGCAGGCCUCAUGAUUGGCAUACUGUCGACUGUCCUAGUUCAAAGUUCAAGCACUUCAACCUCGGUCAUCGUUACCAUGGUAGCAUCUGGGAUCAUUAAUGUGGAGCCGGCUAUACCAAUGGUUAUGGGAGCAAAUAUUGGUACAAGUGUGACAAACACAAUAGUCUCCAUGGCACAGUCGAGUGACCGGCGCGAGUUCCGACGUGCAUUUGCUGGAGCAACAGUACAUGAUAUGUUUAACUGGCUCACUGUCAUUGUAUUGCUGCCUCUUGAGUGGGCAACAGGUUAUUUAUGCCGUUUCACUGGCCUGAUUGUAAGUGCAUGUAAACUUGAAAGUUCUGAGGCAUCAAAACAGGAACUGUUGAAAGCUCUGACCAAACCCUUCACCAGUCUUGUUGUUAAGGUAGAUAAAAAGGUGAUUACCAAGAUUGCUGAAGGACAUGACGAAUACAGGAACAAAUCUCUUAUAAAGAAAUACUGUGUAUUUGAGGAGCAGGAAGUGUUGAAGAAUGUUACCAUGGAAACCAAUGUAACUCUGAUAGUAAAUGGUACACCGACAUCACAGUUGAUGAACACUACAACUCUUGUGACUGUUACUGAGAAAGUUCCAGUUGAGAAAUGUUUCAGCCUGUUCAGCCAUCUGGAGAUAAAUGAGACGUUAGCUGGUGUAUUACUGCUCAUUUUCUCACUAGCCAUUCUCUGUACGUGUCUCGUUGGUAUGGUAAAACUUCUACACUCCAUAUUGCAAGGAUCCAUUGCCAAAGUGAUCAAGAAGACCUUAAAUGCUGAUUUCCCUGGCUGUUUCUCCUGGUUAACUGGAUACGUUGCGAUGCUUGUUGGAGCGGUGAUGACAAUCCUCGUACAGAGCAGUUCGGUGUUUACCUCGGCUUUGACUCCACUGGUCGGGAUAGGAAUGAUCAAGCUGGAGCGCAUGUACCCGUUGACCCUUGGGUCAAACAUUGGCACAACAGGAACGGGACUGUUGGCUGCCAUGGCCGCCUCAGGAGACAGAUUGCCUAUAGCAUUGCAGAUAGCAUUGUGUCACUUAUUCUUCAACAUAUCAGGAAUCUUAUUAUUUUAUCCAAUCAAACCAAUGAGAAAUCUUCCAAUCAAAUGCGCCAAAUUUCUCGGCACAGUGACAGCAGAGUACCGUUGGUUUGCAAUCGCCUACCUCAUACUUAUGUUUGUUUUACUACCAGGCAGUGUGUUUGCUCUAUCUUUAGCGGGUUUCAUUCCAUUUAUAUGUGUAGCAUCAGUAGUUGCGUCAGUUGUAACAUUUGUAAUUAUUUUAAAUCUCCUACAAACUAAAUGCAAAGACAGAUUGCCAAAGAAAUUACAAACGUGGAGCUUUCUUCCAAAAUGUCUAAGAUCAUUACAACCUAUAGACAGUGUGAUAAUGAAAGUAUGGGGCGUGCUGACAAAGUGCUGCCCGUGUUGUAGAACAUGUUGUAUACCUAAGAAGAAACGGACAAUGACCGAUGUUGUAAGACAUACAGCUAUAGCCGCUGCAGUUGCCGGGGACGACCCAACUAAACGUCCAUCUCCGUCGGCGUCUGCAGCAUCGUCGGCAUUGCUGUUACCAAUCUGUGAUAGAGUCUCUGUUGUAUAAAAUUGUUGUUCACCUUUAUUACAAUAUAACAAUGCAAUUUCACCUGAUUCUAAUAUAUGCAUAAUAUCACUUCCACUUGUUGUCUUCCGACUUGAACUUAAUGAUUUAUUUACUGAAUCUCUGCAGCCUGAUGUAUGCAUCAAAAAAUUCUUCAAUUGAAUCUACAAACUCGUCUCAUUAAUGUUUCAUAUUUGUUAGCGUAUCCUUCAACUUCUGUCAAGGCAUUCAAUUAUAAUGUUGGACCACAACUUACUUGCCAGUAUCAGAGUAUUGUUCUUGCAUUAUUUUCUAAUAAUAUUAAGUUGAUACUCAAGACAGAUUAAUUUUCUGGUAAUAGUUCUGUUUAACUCUGUGCCUAUAUUCAUAUUUAUUACAUAGUAAUUUCCCUUUGUUCAGUAUUUUUUAAGUUUUAUGAACAAAAAAAAAUAUGAGUACCUCUGUAUCAGCAAAAAAGUAACAAGAAACAAAAAAAAGCUUAUUUUUCUAGACUGUUCUGCUGUUGGUAUUUUUACUUAGUCUAUUAGUAUUAAUUAUGUAUUUAUUUUUUGGUAAAACAGUUGUAUUAUUUCAUUCAGGCAGCUAAACGUAUGUUAUGUACAAUUUGUUUAUUUUUUAUUUAUUUAUGUUUGAAAUGAAUGCAGUGAUAAAGGAAGUAAAUGUUUGUUUGUCUUGUAUAAAUGUCAGAACAAGUGCUAUACUGAAUAUGUGCAUUUAUUUAUUAGCGUACAUAUGGAAGAUAUGUUGAACAACUGUUUAAUGUUUACAUGUACUAGUAAUUUAAAGUGCUUAGGAAAGAGUGAAAAUGUUUGAAUCUCAUUUUUACUUGAUAAUUAAACUUUUUAUAUGCAAUUUCA